GAGCAUUUGUUGCAUCAACAAAUUGAAAAGGAUAAAAUUAGUAAAAUGUUUUUAUUUGAGCAAAAGAUUUGACUUUAACAACAAAAUUUGAUUCAAACAAAAGCAGCUUUUAUUGUAACAAGAGGCAGAACAAGAAGUAAAAUGUCACUUCCGUGUUGUUUUAACUUUAGCUAGCUGCUAGCUGCUAGCGGCUGGCUAACAGCGCGUCACACAGAGCACGAGGAACCGACCUGUUGCUAGCUCGGCUAACGYUCUUCCGGUCACUGACGGCAGGAGAACCCGUUUACCGACCAUUUCACGGUGUUUCACGAAUUAUUACUUUAGUCAACGUGACGCGACCUUUGCACGCGGGUCAGUAAGGUCGUGUCCGACACACACGGAGUUUAACCGCGGACAGGCGGAGCGGCUUCCCCGCGGGGGCGGAGAUAGUCGCUGUGGGGGUCGAGGACAGGAAUUUAAAGACCACUGGCCAGGCUCGGCUCGGCUCGGGGAGGAGAGGAGGGUUCAGAUGAGCGUUCAUCCCAGCUUUUCUUCAGAAACGAGCUUUGUGUGAAGAUGGACUGCGCCUCCACAGUGACAGCAGCAGACGUGAGGUCAGAUGUGAUCCUGUUGAUCUCAGAGGAUGAGGAGGACGGGGCGUGUGUGGCGCUGGAGCAGGAAGCAGCUGCAGAGGAGGAGGACAGCGUUCAGCCUGKUGCUCAGAGCCAUGCAGCUGCUUUGUCCAGCAGUGAUUUAGUGACGUUCAUCAAAAAGCACUGCUGCAACAACAUUUACUCAGCUGAGCCCAAAGACCUGCUGCAGCUGGCCUCAGACACACCGUACUGUCUGUACCUGUACGUGGGGGUGCAGGUGGGUGGAGGACAGAGCUCCAGCUUCGUGCUGGUGGGCUACUUCGACCCGAGCUCCGAUGGGAGCGUGGUGAAGCUGCUGCACACGCUGCAGAUGAGCGUGGACACCGUGGACCCACAGGACUCUCAGGAGGACCUGGUGCACGCAGCCCAGUCUGACGCCCGCCUGCUGAUGGAGGCGCUGCAGAAGCUGGCUCUGCCUCUGUCCAAGAUGGCUGUGUUUUACUGCAGCGCCCCGCGGCCCGGCCUCAGCCAGCUGCUGGAGGCCCAKCUCAGGACCUUCAGCCCCAACAUGUUGUCUCUGUGCAGCUUGGAUGGGGUGGCAGGGAGAGCCUGCCAGGCUGCGCUCGGGGCUUCUUUUAGCCACGUGGUUGACCUGAUCACAGACAUCCACCAUCACUACUCCACCUGCCCCUCCCGUAGUGCCACUCUGAAACAAGUGUUGUGUAACGCGGGACCCUUCAGCCCGCUGCAGCCGGUGUCAGCGCAGUGUCUGUUCAUCGUGAGCAGCGUGCAGAAGAUGGCCUCCAGCUGGCAGGACUUGGUGGAGUAUUUUGAUCGGCUGAAACCUUCAGAGAGGACUGAGCGGAUCAAGRCCCAGCUGCUGGAUGAAAAGGUCAAGCUGCACUUUUUGUUCCUCUCACACUCGUUGGAGCCCCUCAGGGCCCUGCAGGACCUGCAGCAGUCAGGCACRGCCAGCCUGACCGUGGAGCUCCAGCUGGUCUCCAUCCUCUUCCAGUCCUACGCAGCCAGCRUCCUCCGGCCGGCUGCCGUCGAACGCUUCCUCUGGAAGCGCGAGUUGCUGCUGCUUCAGCUGCGGAAGGAACUUCUCCCCACAGUGGAGGUGAAGAUCGGCUCGCCUGCCUCAGACUUCAUGUGGGCCGCCAGCCUGGACCGGAGCGACCAGGACAGAAGGGACUUCCUGAAGGACGCUCAGUGUUUUUAUCGAGCAGCUCUUGAGAGCUUGGUGGAGAGCGUGCCACAGCUCCUGUGGGACCUGACGCAGAGGAACUUUGGACGACUGCUGAAAGAUCCCAAAAUGAUCAUUGACAAAACCUUUUCCUGGUACGUGCCGUCAGUGAUGAGUGUUUCGUUGGGUGUGUGUACCACCGAGGCUUCGAAAAGGCAGCUGGUACACAGUUACCACAGUUUCAUCCAGACUCUGCUGGAGAACCAGGACAGGAGCAAUGAGAGCAGCAGCUGGGCAAAGAUGUUGCAUCGAAUGAGACCACUGAGGACUCUUCAUCAGCUUUUUAUGACCCUCUUGGCCUUGCCCAGCUCUCUUCAAGCAACACGGGUGUUUGAUAAAGCAUACAAGAACAUCAGAAAUCCUCAUGACAAGGAGGAAACACAUAAGGCCUCACCCCAACCAGAAUGGUGGGCAAGAAGAUCCUCCAUCCGCAGAAAGAAACUUCCUGRCCAGACAAGAGAAAAGGAGGAUGAAGAAAGUUCAACAGACAGUGACAGUCCUGCAGCUGGACCUCCAACAUAUAACACCAUGAAACACUACAACAGCAUAGAGGACUCUGACAACUCCUCAGAUGUGGUGGAUAUCACAGAAGAGUCCAUAAUAUUUUCAAACAAAGACAAUGUGGCAAAUGGUAAAGGGAUUCAACAGGGAGAGUAUAUCUUCAUCGAGACAAGUGAUGAAGAUCCCAGCUUGGAUUCUCCGGUCACAAAAUCRUGCUCUGCACAACUAUCAGAAAAAUCUAUUGGGGAGUUGGUCUGGGGGCAGAUUGAGGGUUUCUCUCCCUGGCCGGGCAUCAUUAUACCCGUCACAGCAGAGAGUUGUGUUCCAGAGAAGAGAAUGGUAGAGUGGUAUGGACAGAGAGUGCGUUCUCAGGUCAGUUUGCAGACUCUGCAGCCAUUUGCUGAAUUUGGUCGGCACUUUUGUGCCAAGUCGUUUGCCACCCUUAUAACAUACCGAGAGGCCAUCUUCUCCUCCCUGCAGGAGGCAGCACUUCGCUGUAAAAAGGAGUUUUCUCCGGUGCUUGAAGAUGAAGAGGAGGUUCUUAAGGAGAUGUUAGACUGGGCGUUUGGAGGCUUUCAGCCAUCUGGUCCCAAUGGGCUCAAAYCAAUACAUGGUGACRUUAAAAAAGCCAGUAGACCAAAGGUGAUGAAGAAGCUCUUCAGGAAAGCCAAGUCUUUCUCUGAGCCGUCCAGCCUGGUGAAGAGCAAGGAGAGCAUCCGCAGUGAGAUGAAAGAAGUGGUGGUGUCGCUCAACAGGCUGUCAUGCAGCUCCAUACAGAUGGCCUCCAAGCCCAAAGCUGUGAACAGUUUAGAGUUUGAGGAAGAACGCUCACACUCACUAAUGAAGAAGGCAUCGUACGAGAGGUUGAAAACAAAGGCCAAGCAAGGGAUGGGAGAAUGGGAGGAGGAGAAGGUCGAGCUGGUUAGAGAGUGGGUGAAUAUGAAAAGUGGAUGGGAAAGAAAAAGAAGCAGAGGAGGUCUGAAUAAGGGGAAGAGCGUAAAGAAGUCCUACAAUUGGAUCUAUGGAUUCAGUGACGACAUGUCUCCAGACUAUGUGCCGUACAAGAAGAAGAGCUACGCCAAGGUUUACAAUAAAGUCAAUGAUGCCACCAGUGUGUACACACAGCCUGACCAGAAACUCAGAGAGAAGACCAUCAAAAGGAUCAUGGACUUGAAUCUGAACAUUGAAGCUUAUUGUCUGUGUUGUGGAACUGAGGACAUUGAGAUAAUCCACCCGCUUUUUAAAGGCAGCCUCUGCUCCAAGUGUAAAGAGCCUCAUCGUGUGUACCCAUCCAUCCCUGCCAGCCUGCGCAUCCCCCUCCGUGUUCUCUCUCUGUUUGAUGGCAUCGGAACAGCUCGACAGUUGGGGUCCGUUUGAUUUGAUGAUUGGUGGCAGCCCCUGUAAUGACCUCUCCAUUGUAAAUCCAUUCAGGAAAGGCCUUUACGAGGGCACCGGCAGGCUCUUCUUUGAGUACUUCAGGAUCCUGCAGCUGCUGAAGCCCAAAGAGGAGGACCCUCGGCCGUUCUUCUGGCUGUUUGAAAACGUUGUGUUCAUGAACACACACGACAAAGUCAACAUUUGUCGUUUCUUUGAGUGCAACCCAGUACUAGUGGAUGCUGUGAAAGUGAGCCCUGCACAUAGAGCUCGCUACUUCUGGGGAAACAUACCUGGGAUGAGCAGGCCAAUUAUAGCUUCCCAGACAGACAAGUUGGAUCUCCAGGCCUGCUUAGAGCUCGGUAGAGAAGCCCGGGUAGCAAAAGUGCGAACAAUCACCACCAAGUCCAACUCUCUGAAGCAGGGUAAAAACGUGCCUCGGCAGCCUGUCAUGCAGAAUGGAGUAGAGGACACACUGUGGAUCACUGAAGUGGAGAAGUAGGUGUCGUCACAGUCAUAUUUUGUUCUUACAGAUGGGUUUUUACAGGACAGUGUCGUACCUAAAGAACACCUUUGUUUUGUGAAUUCAGAUCUGCUAACAAAUUCUCUUAACAAUAGCAAACAUAACUGAAGGUGUCUGGGAGCAGCUCGAUGCUCUGUGUGACUGGAGAGAGGAUAAAAAACUACAUAAAAAACUCUGUCUUUGCUCUUCCAUUAAAAGGCAUUUAAACCACUGAGACAAUAUGAUUCUGACACUGUAAACUUUGACCCUGGUUAUCAGACCAUGCCUGGGGAAAAUUCAUCCCCAACAUACAAAAAGUAUUCACCGUAUUCAGCCACCACCUGUUCAACUUCUCCCUCUUAAAGGCACAGUCUGUAGGAUUUUG